GUGCCGUGCCCGUGGGGUCGGGCCGCCGGCGGGGGAAGCAGCCGGAGCGGCGGAGAAGGAGCCUGGCCGGCUGUGGGCGCGGAUGAGCGCGCCUGGGAGACGCUGCUCGGUGCCAUGGCAGAGGCUCUGCCCGAACCCACAGUGAGGAGGAAAAAAAGCAUAACUAUCGAGGAGAAAAUCGACAUCAUAAGCGCUGUGGAGAGCGGCAAGAAAAAGGCGGACAUUGCAGCCAAGUAUGGCAUCAAGAGGAACUCCCUGUCUUCGAUUAUGAAGAAUAAGGAAAAAGUUUUGGAAGCCUUUGAAACUUUGCGGUUUGAUCCUAAAAGGAAAAGACUGAGGACUGCUUUUUAUGCCGACCUGGAGGUGGCAUUGAUGAAGUGGUACAGAAUUGCAGAGUGCUUGAAUGUGCCGGUCAAUGGCCCUAUGUUGCGCCUCAAGGCGAAUGAUUUUGCCCAGAAGCUUGGACACAGUGAUUUUAAAUGCAGCAAUGGCUGGCUCGAUCGUUUCAAGUCGAGGUAUGGUUUAGUUUUCAGAGCUCAGCCUGUAGAAGCAGCUGCUAGUCCUGCAGUGGGUGCUCCAACUCUUUGGUACCAAAAUGUGCUCCCUUGUUAUUUAAAUGAUUAUCAGGCAAAAAAUGUGUUUUACAUACAGGAGACUGGGUUGUUAUAUCAGAUGUUACCACAUAACACGUUUGCAUUUAAAGGGGAAACUUUUUCUGUAAGUAAACAAAGCAAAGAGAGCAUCACUGUAGUGGUGGGUACAAAUAUGGAUGGCUCUGAGAAACUCCCACUGCUCAUUAUAGGGAAAAGCAAAAGUCCACUCUCUUUCAAAGAUGUGAAAUCACUGCCAGUGGAUUAUGAAGCAAAUGAUGGGGCGUGCAUGACUUCAGGAAUCUUUGAACAGUGGAUGCAGAAACUCAAUCACAGGUUUGAAGCACAGCAGCGCCGAGUGGUUAUUCUUGUUGAUUCUCUCCCAACUCACAAAGAAGUAAAGAACCUGAAGUCUGUCAAAUUAGUGUUCUUUCCUCCAGACUCUUCUUUAUGUAUAGCUAUGAAAGAAAGGAUUAUCAGAUGUCUGAAGGUAAAAUACAGGCACUGUCUUAUAAAGAGAUUUGUUGACUGUGUAGAAAGUAAUAAAGAGUUUAUGCUGACCCUUCUUGAUGCAAUUGAGAUGCUGUACCUGUGCUGGAGGGAACUAACACCAGAGACUAUUGCAAAAAGUUUCAAAUUAGAAACUGAGACAAAUGACAAUGACAAUGAGGUUGAAAAUGAUUUUGAUUUGAUUGCACAUGCACGGGCAGCUGGAGUAGAGUUUCCAGAAGGUUUGUCUUCGGAAGAAUAUGCAGCUCUAGAUGAUGGCUUGGUAACUUAUGAAGUGCCCACAAAUAAUGGAAGGAUAUGUGCCAAAGAAAGUAAAUCAGAAAAAGCUGAGACAUUUGUUGGUGAUGAAGAUAAGGAUGAAGGUGAUCAACUUCAGGGAGCUGAACAGCUUUUACCAUCCAAAAAUGAGGCUUUGUGUGCUUUAGAUACCCUUCGAAAGUUUCUCAGAAGUCAAGACACAGAUGAUUCUCUUUACGAUUCCCUAGCUGACUUGGAGGAUUUUAUUCAACAUGUAGGGUGUGAAUAAAUAUUUUAGCAAAGUGGGAAA